AUGAAAUAUUCGUCGUGGCCAGUGGUGAAGCUCGCGAUCGGCAAUGAGGAGAUCGCCAUGGAGCAGGACAAUGGAUCGAUGCACGUCGGGACGACGGUGUGGCCGUGCUCGCUAGUGCUGGCGAAAUGGGCGGAGCGGCAGGGCGGGAUUCGCGAGAGGAUCCAGGGCAAGCGGGGGAUUGAGCUCGGGGCUGGGUGUGGCGGCGCUGGCCUGGCGUUGGCGUUGCUGGGCCUCGGCCAGGUGCUGCUCACGGAUGUGCCGCCGGUUCUCUCCACGCUCAAGAGGAAUGUGAAGAAGAAUGUCCUUGCGACAUCGCUCUCCUCCAAGAAGAAAGUAAAGGUGGCACAGCUUAACUGGGGAAACAAGCAACAAAUCGAGAGCUUGAAGCCUCCAUUCGACGUGGUGAUCGCGGCGGAUGUGGUAUAUAUCGAGAAUGGAGUGGAGCCUUUGCUACAAACGAUGAGCGAUGUCUCUGGGCCGGACAGUUUGAUUCUUUUGGGAUACCAGGUGAGAUCACCUGAGGCUCACGAGUUGUUUUGGAGGCUUUGUCCAGAGAGAUUCGCCGUCGAAAAAGUCGAUCGUUCCCAGCUCCAUCCCGACUACGCUUUUGAGGAGGCUGAUGUUUACAUUCUCAAGAAGAAAUGCUAGAGACGCGUAAA